AUAAGUCGGCCUGUGAGUCAUCGGCGUGAGCCACACCGUCCUGAGGGAAUAAGAUGGCGGGGAAGAAGAACGUUUUGUCGUCUCUUGCAGUUUAUGCGGAAGACUCGGAGCCUGAAUCUGAUGGCGAGGCUGGAGUCGACGCUGUGGGCGGCGCGGCUGAAGAGAAAGGUGGCUUGGUAUCUGAUGCCUAUGGAGAAGACGACUUCUCCCGCCUUGGGGGUGAUGAAGAUGGUUAUGAAGAAGAGGAGGAUGAGAACAGCAAGCAGUCGGAAGAUGACGAUUCAGAGACUGAAAAACCUGAGGCUGAUGACCCAAAGGAUAAUACAGAAGCAGAGAAGCGGGAUCCCCAGGAAUUAGUGGCCUCCUUUUCUGAAAGGGUCCGAAACAUGUCACCUGACGAGAUCAAGAUCCCACCAGAACCACCUGGCAGAUGUUCAAAUCACUUACAAGACAAGAUCCAGAAGCUUUAUGAGCGCAAGAUAAAGGAGGGAAUGGAUAUGAACUACAUCAUCCAAAGGAAGAAGGAGUUCCGGAACCCCAGCAUCUAUGAAAAACUGAUCCAGUUCUGUGCCAUUGAUGAGCUGGGCACCAACUAUCCAAAGGAUAUGUUUGACCCCCAUGGCUGGUCUGAAGACUCCUACUAUGAGGCUCUAGCCAAGGCCCAGAAGAUUGAAAUGGACAAAUUGGAAAAGGCCAAAAAGGAGCGAACCAAAAUUGAGUUUGUAACGGGCACCAAGAAAGGCACCACGACCAAUGCCACGGCUGCCACCACCACUACUGCCAGCACAGCUGUUGCAGAUGCCCAAAAGAGAAAGAGCAAGUGGGACUCUGCCAUCCCAGUGACGACAAUAGCACAGCCCACCAUCCUCACCACCACAGCCACACUGCCAGCAGUGGUCACUGUCACCACCAGUGCCAGCGGCUCCAAGACCACCGUCAUUUCUGCUGUGGGCACCAUUGUGAAGAAGGCCAAGCAGUGACCAGAGUACACCCCAGGACUUGACAGGACCGUGCAGCCUGGUGACUGCUCCCCGCGUGCCUUCCAGAAGGAGCCUCUGUGACAGACAUUCCAGCCAGAAGGACAUUGCAGCAGAGGCAAUGGGGUGCGAUGGACACCGAUUAAAAGUCCUAUGCUCUUAGGUCCUGGCAUGUCAGAUGCACUGGCCUCUCCCAUGCUGUAUCCAGGCGAACGUGAAGUGCAAAGGCCCCUCUGUCUCUGUCAAGAUUGUUGCUCAGGAUGAACAAUAGUGUGACAGAAACUGGGGCUGCUCAGAGGGGUAGCCCAGGGAGCUACCAUGGUCAUUCCCAAUGUAUGCCUGGUGGUGUGGGCAGGUAGGAGCUCACUGAAGGAGUCAGUUGGACACAUGCCCCUUCCUGGUGUCUGCUUUCCUGACCCGGAAACCGGAUCUCAGCAAUUCUCAGGCAAUAGCAGAGGCCUCUGCUCUCUUGGGUGCAGUUAUGCACUCCCCACACUGCCUCUGAUACACACCCAGGCCUUUGAAAUCAGGCCAGUGAACAGAGGCCUGGGAUGUGAUUCCCAACCUGCCCAGGGCAGGAGCAAGGUGUGGGCACCUGGCCAAGGCCGCCCCAGUCCCUCGGUGCCCGGUGAGUGUGGCCAGCAGGAUCCACGCAGUGGGGGAGAUGAAUCACCUCCUGCUCCGGCCAGGGCGGAGCUCAUUGUUUAUGUGAGAGCCCUGCUCUUGGGAGGGUUCUGCCACCCCACCCUUCCUCUGCUGUUAUCUCUGCCCAGCAGCAGCCCCUGGGUAGCACCGGUGGCCACUCUUAGGGCCCAAACAGGUUCACCAGCCCAAGAUGCCACAGGGGAAAGCUUGCCUUUUGUGCCCUCUGGCAGCUCUCCUUCCCACUCAGCGGAAAGGCUGAGUGUCAAAGGAGGAAGACUGGCUGGGAAGGGUCUCAUUGCUUCCCUGGGACCGACGGAGGCUGAGGAAGGUGCUUCUGAGUUUGUGGCUGGUGUUUUGUUUUGUGAUCCAAGGACUGACAACCUGCCUGUGAGAUCCCUAAAAUAAAAACCAAGUCACACUCGU